ACGAGUGACGAGGGUAAUCACACUGUGUAUCUCCCAAUCUUGCUCUCUCUCUCUCUCCUUGGGGCGUUGAUUUUGCUGUGUAUCUCUUCUGACCUAAUUACGAAGCAACGGUCUCCGCACUCUCUCUCUCUCUCUCGAGUUAAGACUCUGAGGAAAAGGAAAACCUUGUAGAAAGAGCUUUUUAGGUUCACCAGUUUCGGGAUUCCUAGGAGGAAGUUUCUAGUUAAAAGAAUCCAACCAAAGUUCGUCUUUUUACAUCGCUGGUUUUUAAAACAUGCCGAGAGAGGAGAGUUCGAAAGCCACUCGAAGAAGCACCAGGUCGUCAUCUUCUGUAACUGUUGAGAACGCAGAACCUAAUGAAUCCCACCAACCAACCGUUGAUGAUCUUACUUUUGGGGAUGAAUCAAUCACGGUGGAUGCGGUUCUAUCUAACUUUCCUGGCAGGCGCUCUCAGAUUUUAGACCUUAUUCGUCUUAUGGGUCCGUUGGAUUGCCCUACUCUUCCAGUAAUGAUCUAUGGAAGUGCUUCUACUGGAAAAACCAGUGUUGUUCUUCAGGUGCUCAGGCAUCUCAGUCGUCCCUUUGUUUACUCAAGCUGUCGUACAUGUUACAGUCCCCGUAUCUUGUUUGAGUCGAUUCUGAAUCAGUUGUUGCUGCAUAGGAAGUGUUCUUCAAAUGGGUAUUCUAGUGCUAAACGUUGUGACAAACCAUCUGAUUUUGUCAACUUGCUUCGUGAAGCCCUUGGUAAUGUGAUAGAGUCUCUUGAGUCUGGUUCUGGAACUUCAAGACCAGAUAAGUCGGAUGGGAAACCUAUGGGGAAGAUGGUGUACUUAAUAUUUGAUAAUGUGGAUCUUAUCAGAGACUGGGACAAAGGCUCUAUGAUCCUGCAGUUUCUUUUCAGUUUGUAUAAUGUUUUGAAGAUGCCUCAACUUGGUAUUAUACUUAUCAGCGGAUUGCCACCUGAUGUGUAUUACUCAAACAUGGGAUACACAGACCCUCUACCUCUUUAUUUUCCUGAGUACUCUGAAGAGGAUCUUCGUCAAAUUUUCUUGAGAAAUCAAGCUAACCGGAAAUUGUACGCUGCAUUCCUCGAUGUUGUGUUGAAACCAUUCUGUAGGGUCACCAGGAGACUUGAGGAACUGUCUACUACCUUCUCAUCAUUGUUCAGAAAGUAUUGUGAACCACUUGAUGAUUUAGGAAUUUCACCCAAUGAAGAUAUGAAGAGAAGGCUGUAUAGCCAUCUUAAACCGCUUAUUGCUCCCUGUUUAAAUGAGAUAUUCAGGGUCUCGAGUCACCCUCAUGAUGGUGACACCAGAGGCGAGAGAAGACAGAAAGCCAGCUACAGUUCUGAAAACCGUGAAGAACUUGAAACAUUGGACUUCCAUAUGUCUGUUUCAGCAAAGUUUCUUCUUAUUGCGGCAUUUCUCGCUUCAAGAAACCCUGCAACGCUAGACGCAUCCAUGUUUGACUCCACAGGGGGCAUGGAUAAUCGUAAAAGAAAGCGGAAGGCCUCUGAGAAAUCGAUGGAAAAAAAGGAAAUGGCAGAGCAGGAAGCAGUCAUGAAAGGGCCUGGAAGCUUUCCACUGGAAAGACUAUUGGCGAUAUUCCAAUGUAUUGCCUCUGUGGGAGAUUCAUCAUUUGGUGAAGAGGAAGAAGAAGAAGACGAAGAUCCAACGGGUUACGACAAAGAAAAUAACAACCUGAUGUCUGAUAUUCUGCUGCAAGUGUCAAGUCUUUGUGAUGCAAACUUUUUGAUCAAAAGUGGAAGCUGCCCGUUAGAAGGAUCUAUUAGGUACCGCUCUAUGGUCUCUGAAGAUCUGGCACUGAAGGCUGCGAGAAGUCUCAGCUUUCCACUAGCCAAGUACUUGUACAGAAGAUAAUGAUAUGUGAAGCUAAUGGUACACUCUCCAUUGAGCCCUUGUAUUGUAGAAUUUAGCAAUUAGUUUUAGUUGUCUCAGGAAACUUUAUCGUAUUGAGAAGCAAUUUCGAAGUUAACAACGUGGUCUGUAAAUGUAUGUGAAUGAUGUUUCUUUUUUUUUUAUGUAACCAUUUUUACUAUAGUUUCUACGGCAAACUGAUUUCGGAA